UUUAAAAUAACCUCAGCGCGCGCACACCGGCAGCAUCUCAGCGGCGGCAAAGGGAGGCAAAGGAAGUGCGGAGAAAGAAAAGAAAAGGAAGAAACAGACAAACAUGUCAUACACGAAGUAUGCUGCGGCUCUUGUCAGGGCUAACGCGGGCAGUUUCAACAAAAUACGCAUUUCACCUGGAAGAAGUCGGUCAACUCUGGCUUCCACCAAAACCCAGGAGGAGAAAGAUGAACAGAUGGACGGGUGCACCGUGGUGGAAGCCGUGCCGGUCGAGCUCAUCAGCCAGACCAAAAAUGUCGCGAAGACGCCGUUACCCAAAAUCCACAUUGAUUUCGACAAUACACAGGAAGCCUACAGAAGUAAAGGUAACAUUGAGCUGCUUCGAAGUCUGCUGGUCUUCAAGCUUUGCACAAUUGACUUCCUCGUUGAAAAGAACAAAGAGCUGAUGGACCUUAGUAAGAAGCUGCUUGGUCAGUGGAUGUUUGAGAAGAUGAUGAAGAUGACCUUCUACGGUCAGUUUGUGGCAGGGGAAGACCACAACGCCAUCAAACCUUUGAUUCAGAAGAAUCAGGCCUUUGGUGUGGGGGCAGUUUUGGACUACAGUGUAGAGGAGGACCUAACACAAGAGGAGGCAGAGAAGAAGGAAAUGGAUUCGUGUGUCUCAGAGGCAGAGAAGGAGAGUCCAGACGCUGAUCACCGUGAGAAGAAGUACAAAGCCCAUCGACAGUUCGGUGACAGGCGUGGAGGGGUUAUUAGUGCUCGUACCUACUUCUAUGCAGAUGAGUCCAAAUGCGACAACCAAAUGGAGACAUUCAUAAACUGCAUUAAAGCCUCCGGGGGAGCCUCUGCAGAUGGAUUUUCUGCCAUCAAAAUGACUGCUCUCGGACGCCCACAGUUCCUUCUCCAGUUUUCAGAAGUCCUGGUUAAAUGGAGACAGUUCUUCAACUUCCUUGCCGCACAACAGGGGAAAUCAGACAUGAUGGUUCUUGAACAAAAACUGGAACUGGAGGAACUGAAGGAAAGUUUGACUACACUUGGUGUUGGAGCCAAGGAUGACAUUGAGAACUGGUUUACUGGAGAGAAGCUGGGUUUGUCCGGAGCGAUAGAUCUGCUGGACUGGAACAGUUUGAUAAAUGAUACAACAAAAAUCUCCAAUCUGCUUAUGGUGCCAAACCUUGAGACUGGCCAUCUGGAACCACUGUUGAACAAGUUUACAGCUGAGGAGGAGAGGCAGAUGAAGAGAAUGCUUCAGAGAGUGGACGUUCUGGCCAAGCAUGCUUUGGAGAAUGGCGUAAGGCUAAUGGUGGACGCCGAGCAGACCUACUUCCAACCAGCUAUUAGUCGCCUGACCCUGGAAAUGCAGAGAAAAUUCAACAGGGAGAAGCCGAUCAUUUUCAACACUUAUCAGUGUUACCUCAAGGACGCCUAUGACAAUGUAACUAUGGAUGUUGAGCUAUCAAGACGAGAGGGCUGGUACUUUGGUGCCAAACUGGUUCGUGGAGCCUACAUGUACCAAGAGAGAGACAGGGCCAAAGAGAUUGGCUACGAAGACCCGAUAAACCCCGACUAUGAGGCCACUAACAGGAUGUAUCACAGGUGUUUGGAGUACGUGAUGGAGGAGAUUGACCACAGCAGGAAAGCAAAUGUCAUGGUUGCCACCCACAAUGAGGACACAGUGAAGUUUACCCUCGCAAAGAUGAAUGAGAUGGGCCUCUCACCCACUGAGAAUAAGGUUUACUUUGGACAGCUGCUGGGAAUGUGUGACCAGAUCAGCUUCCCACUAGGUCAAGCAGGUUUCCCGGUCUACAAGUAUGUCCCAUACGGCCCAGUCAAUGAGGUCAUCCCUUAUCUGUCUCGACGUGCCCAAGAGAACCGUGGCUUCAUGAAGGGAUCCCAGAGAGAGCGCAGCCUGCUGUGGAAGGAGCUGAAACGCAGGCUGCUGAGUGGUCAGAUUGUCUACAAGCCUGUCUAUUGAGUCACAGGACCAUACACUAUGCACCCAACUGCAGUGUGAACAUUCCACCGUCGCUACCUGCUAGCUGCUCUUUGUAGAGGAAGAUUAAUGUCCUUCCUUGGUUUGUUAGGCUGCACAGUGUGGAGGGAAGGUUCGCAUUUUUUUCAAGCGGUUAUUCCUAUAUUUGUUUCACUUUAAUAGCAUUUGAUAAAGUAGUGUAUAAAACACUGCCAUAAUUAUGCAUUUUGGAGAUAUUUGUAAACUCAAAAAUGUGGUAAUCCACAGAAUCAACUCAACUGACAUUGUGUAAAUGACCUCCUUUUUUUAAGAACGUUCGCAGAUGUUACUGCCUCUGUACAUUUUUCCUUUAAUAUACAGGACUGGUCUCGUCUGUAGAGGCGAAGAAAAAUGUGUUGUAAAUGUGUGGUCACCAAAAGUGGCUUUACUAAUUGUAAAAGUCACUGUUCAGCUGCUGUCUUAUUUAGCUGUCAUUGAGAAGUGCCUUAUGAUUGUUUUCACAAGAUUAACUGGAAACAUUCAGCUCCUGUACAACACGGUUUUAUUGUUACUGCACACUCCUCGAAGGCGAUUGUAAAUUAUAUCAGCAUGGUCAUUGUGUCAAUCUAUUGCAACAAAUAGUUUUAAAAAUAUUAUGCAAACAAUGACUUAGAUUUGUAAAGAUAUAUGUUCGUAUUUGUGGUUUUAAGACAUAAUCUGUUAUCCAUCAAAGCAUUGAUGUUAAAUGCAGCACCACAAACAAGUACAAGUUUCUCUGAUCCCUCAUGUGAGGUACAACUACCCAUCACACUCUCAAAUUUUCAACUACAUAAACCCAGGUUUAUGUACUGUGUACAUCUCCAAACAAGCCAGCUACCUGUUACUUAGAAGUGAUUGUUUGCAGUUGCAACGACCUUCAUUUUUGCGUCUGACAAAACAAACACCUUUUACUGUCUACUAAGCAGUGUGAGGCUGCAGAGUGGCUCAAUACGGUCAAUUUCAAUAAAUCAUUCACCCCCAGUGUAGCCGAGAACAUCUUGCUCAUCAAACAGAGACAAACACAGCCGCAGAUGUUAAAAGUGGAAAAAAACAGGAUCUGCCACGUGUUCCAAAAAUGUUCCAAAAAGACAUCACAAUCACAGCUGUGAUUUUAUUCACGGAUGAUUUCACCAAAGUUCACUAACACCUGAACUGCUGCAUAAAAUGCAGAAAGUGCCUAAGAGUUCAGCUUGUUACUGUAGAGAAGCUUUUAAAGAAGUUGUGUUUAUCCAGUGAAAAUGUUGUGAAAUGUAUGAAUGUAAUGUAUAUACAGAUAUGUAGCCAGGAUAAUUUGAUAUAGAGUCAUUAAAACCUCUAUCACCUUUAUCAGUCUCAUCUUAAGGGUUGCAAAUCACAAUAACCCGUUUGUAUGUGUGUUUUAAGCUCCUGUUCUAACAGGGACAGUUGGUUUUAGAAAUGAACGUGUUUUAUGAUGCCAGUAAUUUAGCAACACUGGCACAUUUUGAGUGCCUGAGUGGAAACCUGCUUUUUUUUUAGUGUUUCUUUUUUCUGUUUUCCUCAUCAUUGCUGUAUUAGUAUAUGCCAUAUUUUGUACAGUUGUAAAUUAUAUGUAUUUUUUGAUUAACACAAUAAAAACAGCUAAUUUAAAAA